AUGUGGGCCAAGCAGACGAAACAACCCGCGGCGGGUGCGGAGGACGGAAGCGGAAUUUCCACUCCCGCCACGGCCGGUGGUUCCGCGCGACGAGAAGACCGCGCGGGGAAUGAGUUACUGCGCCCGUCCGCCAGCAGCGACGCUCGAUGCAGUUCCGCGCGUCACGCACGCGGUGUUUCUGGCAGCGGGAGAAACAUCGGCGAAAGUUCCGCUCGAUACAGCCCCCGAAUUGGGGAUGCUUGUGCGUCUUUCGAGGAGACAAUCGAUGGAAAGCGCGACGAAGCCGCGGAUGGCGCCGUGACCGACGGUGCGAGUGACGGCGCGAGUGACGGCGGUGAUUCGGACGACGAGUUUGUGGGUCUUUAUUGGACGGCUGUGGAGCACCGCCAAGCGGCAAACGCGGCGCUUUCCACGGCGCUGAAUCGACUCGGGGUGGGCGCAAAAGAGGGAAGAGGGGACGCAUGUUUGGUGGGGGGAAGCACGCGGCACGGCGGGCGCAGCAACGAUGCGGAAGAGUUUGGCGGAGGGGGGAAGGUGGAAGGGCUCGGGGGAAGGCGGAGGCGGAGCAGCAGCUGGGGCAACCUCGCGGAGUCGCAGGAUCCGCUGCAGGCCGGGGAAGGGGACGGAAGCGGGCGGUUCGCGCGGCGACAGGUGGGGCAGGUGGGAUGUGGGGAAGGCGGUUCAGGCGAUAUCGCUACGGGCUCGGGCAGGCUCGGAGAAAAAGAAACCGCCGCUGCGGCUGCCGCUGCUGCUGCUGCUGCAGAUUUCGCCUUUCCCAAAUACGGCGCGGCUAGUAACGGGGUUGCGUGUAGCGGGGAUGAGAGCGCGCGGCCGGGGCACAGGCGGCGGCACAGCAUCACGUGUAUCGACACGGAGCUGAAGGAACUCCUUGACUUGGUUGACUUAAAGGGGGAGGAAGCUGCGGAGGAAGCUGCGGAGGAAGGGGAGAAUGGGGAAGCGGCGGGAAAAUCGGAGAAAGAAGCGGAGCACCCCGCUUGUCGGGAGGGACACCAGGGAGGGAUGCGCAGAAAUGGAGGGAAUGGAAGGAAUCUUGUCAGGAGAGACACCAGGGGUCGCCCAGGUGCGAUCCCCACUGCGAAUGCGACUGUUCGUUCUCCUGCAGCAGCAGCAGUAGCGUCGCCGACUGGGAAUAACCCCGCGUCUAUGCGCACUAGUAACCCUUCGCCUCGCACGCAUUCCGGUCAACUGCUCGCAAACACCCACGCUGCCACCAGCGCCAGCCCGUUUGCGCGCCGCCCCGCGCGGCGCCGCAGCCAGACGUGCAUCGACACGGACCUGAAGGAAUUCCUUGACCUCAUUGACUCGGACGAAGGGGACGAGACGGAUGAGGGAGAAUGUGUUCCGCGGGACGAGCGGGAGGGAAGAGAGGGCGGGGAAACGGGGAAAGGUGAAGGAGGGGAGGGAGAAGGGCGGAGGGUGAGCUUUGAGUUUGUUACGCCUGAGGCUGCCUCCUCUGCCCGUCGCAGUGCUGCUGCUGGCGCCGCUGCUGCCCCUGCUGCUCCUGUCAACGCAGCAGCUGCUGAGCUGCUGUUCAAACCGUGGAGGCCGGCGGCUAUAAGCCCACCAGCUCUGGCAGCAGCUUCGGCAUCAGCUUUGGCUGCAGCUUCGGCGUCAAGUUCGGCAUUGGCAGCAGGACCUCGCAGCCAUGGGCGACGGCACAGCAUCACGUGCAUCGACACGGAGCUGAAGGAAUUCCUUGACUUGGUUGACCAGGAGGAUGACGUGGACGAGUAUAUGAGUACCCGAGUCGUGCAUCUCCCCGCACCGCUUUCUACCGUUACAGACCCUCUUGUGCCAGCAGCAUACAGCGCAAGAGCAGCAGCGGCAGAGGAACGCACAGGAAGCGGGAAAACCCCGUCUGGCUCCGGUUCCUCCUCCUCCUCCGCCUCUGUUUUCUCCAUUGCCCUCACGCCUCUAGCCCCCGACGACCUCCCUCUUGGGUACUCCGCCUCUUCCCCCACUCCCCUCUCUCCAGCCUCAUUAAUUUCCCCAUCAGCCAGCCCCUUAACGUCCCCCUCAGCAGCUGCUGCUGUGGCUGGGUUUCCGCAGCACGCUCCAGCAGCACUGGCCCCUAAUGGUGGUGCCAGCACGCCUAAGGGCGGGGCCAUGGCAGUGCGCGCAGCGGCAGGGGGUGCGAGAAGAGGAGGGUGUGCGGGAGGUGACUCGAGCAGGGUUGGUGUGAGCCGCUCUGGUGGUGUGGCGUCUCUGUGGGCUGCUGCCUCGCACAACCCUGCCAUCGCUCAGUCGUGCCGCCGCCCUGCUGCUGCUGCUGCUGGUCCACCUACUGCUGUGGCUGUCGACAGGGCUGCUGCUAUGGCUCCAGCCAUUGCUGUUGCUGCCACAGACAGGGCGACUGCUCGACCUGCCAACUCGCUGCGAGUGAACGGCCGGCGCCUCAGCGCGGGCGACCUCAGUGCUCUGCUCGGCGGCAGCAGCUUUGAAACUAGCGAUUCUGACUACACGUCUGGUUACGCCACUGGUUACCCCACCAAAGACACGGGUGUAACCAUGGCUGUGGAUGUGACCAGCAGCGGCGGCGGCAGCAGCAGCGAGCGGUCGAGGCAAAUGUGCUUGAAUGAGGCGCGGCGGAUCGCUGGAGUCUGCUACCCCUCACUUGCUGCCGGCUCCCCUGCUCCUGGUCCUCCUGGUCCCUCUGGCCCUGCUGGUCCUGCCAGUCCUCCUGGCCAUCUCGCGCCUCUCGGGUCCGUAGGCCCUCACGCCCCUCCUCGCCCUGCUUCCAUUGGCAAGCUGCUUGGAGGUGACAUCACCAGGCUGUCCGAGUCUCCCCGAACUCCCCCUAGGGUUGGUCAGGAACUUCCUGGGAAUGCUCUGCCGGGCAGUGCCUGUGAACUUUUUCCUGCCUGUGGAAAGCUGCUGCGGCCUGGCACUCCUGGAGUGCCUUCCCUUGGAGGGGCUGGGAGGGCUGCUGAUGGUGCUGUGUCUAACACGGUUGCUGCUUCUUCCUCUCUGGCCGCUCCUGCCGCUGGCUCGGGGAGGAUUUCAUCCAUGAGUGCGUAUUCUCCCAUCAGUGCUGCGGUUCAGAAAGGAGCUUGUGCCACGCGCCCCCUGCGGGAAACUGCGAGUGCUCGUGCGUUGAAUGUGAAUUCCAUUGCACAUGCUUUGGAAACUGCUCAGCUGGGGCAGGCUUACGCCAAGCAUCCGGAAAUUGCUUAG